GGGGGUCUUGUGAUUCAGACGGACCAAACGCCGAACGGAAAAGUGAACGAAGCCGGCCAAUCCCGACUAGUUAGCGACGCCAGGAACCUGAGCAGGAGGAGAACAUAGCAUGUCUGGGAAAGCUGUCGGCACUGUCAACCAGGGGAAGUGAAGCCCGGAGAUCAAAGGAGCAGGGGCACAAGAGAUAUCGAUGAUCAUUCGAUAGACAGCAGCCAAGGAUGGCGAGAGCGUGAGUCACUGGCAGAUAACAUGCAACCUGGUUGAGGCCAGACUGGUAUCUUGUAUAUUGCUUGAACGCCCCCGAGAAACAGGGACAUCGGGUGUCGCUCAGUGUGGGUGCGAUGGCGCCGAUCCGGAUGGGGGUUCAGAUUCGAUUCGAAAGGGUUUAUCAUCGGGGAACAACGAUCAGACAUGGACAAGAUCUCGUUGGUUCGCCGACUUUCGUUGAGGACAAGGGCCGGACCUAUACACCGGUGACAGGUGACUGAGUGGUCAAGCCUCAAGGGAGGUCUGACCCUAACCACAGCGUUCCCCUUGCCUCUAUUGAUACCGUGAUCCCAUGGCUCGAACCACACGAGCAAGCUCGCCACCCACAAGACGCUCACUGCGGUUAAACAACUCAGAGCUAAAUUCUAGCAAUGUCUUCAUCGAGCUCCCUCUACGACCAGCACGGCGACGCAAGGCGAAACAGAUCGCUGCAGAGGCAUCCACCUCCUCAUUACCGCCCGACGAGAAACCAUCCUGCUCUUCUGAUGCGUUGAAGUCCCGCUCCCGUCGAUCGACACGAAUCACUCCAGCGGAACUGGUCCGCCGUGAAGCCGCCCUGAUGAUUCGAGAGACAGAGUACAAGCGAAGGUCGGAUGAGCUGGGGAAGAAGGAAGAUGAAGUCUCUGCAUCCAUGUCACAGGUUGCAGUGCGCGAGUCUCAAGCAAUGCUGGCGGUUCUUGAGGAGCACUUCACAUGUGCAUUAUGCUAUGAGAUAAUGGCACAACCGUAUUCGCUUAAUCCUGGUUCUUGCGGACACUCGUUCUGUGCAUUAUGCAUAUUAAGACAUUUCUUUUCCCGCCUGCAUAAAGCAUGCGGAGGGUGGCAUGAAUCGGUGGACUGUCCCAUGUGCCGCGCAUUGCUGGUGAUAACUCCGGAUCGUACACCUCGUCUAGAUAUCACAUUUCCUUUUGUUCCCAACCGGACGGCUGCCGCGGUCUGUGAAUCUCUGAUAGAGAAGCUGUCCUGUUCGUCUGUGAGCGCUAGGCCGAUCGUCAAACAGGAGGAGAGCGACGGCAACGAGUGGAAGAUGGAACGGGGCUGCAAGAAAGGGAAGUCGAAAGAAGAGGAGGAAAUGGAAAUAGAAGAAGGGACCUCUGAGCUCAUGGCUUGGAGAGAGGGGGGAAAUCUGCGGACAGACUGGCUGAAGAAGGAUCUCGAAGGCAAGAAGGAGAUGGUAUAUCUAUUCAAUCAUUGGACCAAACUCACAGGAAGCGAUUUUAUUCACCUCAAGCAGAAAUAUGGGGUGUGACAACUGAUCAGAUGCCCCACUCCAUUGGUCACUAUUACUAUCUCAGUGCUCUCGCGUGGUCCCCGGCUGCUAGCGUCUCCGAACUCUGGUCCUUCUGUGAUCUCUCUUCCGCUUGCCGCGUUUUUCUCGAUCAACCUCCGCGUAUUCAGCAUCUAAAGGGAGUCAGUGCGGACUGCGCCAUCGCACUGAUAUCCGAGCAUUCAUCUCACCUAUUCGCAUCGCUAGCAUCCGUCCUGUACACAAUUACUGGAUCUCGUUUCAUACCCGGACCCAUCACGUUGUUUUCUACCAUGAUCUUGCAUGUAUGUCCACUUCGGUUGUGUAUCGAGAAACACGUUGCCCAGGUCGCUCGUGAAUAUCACGACCGCUGGUUGUAUCUUCUGGCUGUGUUGAGAAGGGAGAUGAGUCUCUUUCUUGUCUCAUGUCUCCGCCGCCGUGCCAUAAUCGUCCGGGCUGCCUUUCCAGCGUCAUCAUUCUUGACGGGGACAUCUCUGACAGGGAGGUCACGCGCGCAGGGCAUAUUCGCUGGAAUGGGGGGCAUCAAAGCAAAGCUGAGGCUCAGACUGUUGGAACAUCCCGGAGAAGGUCGGUGUUCAGUUCUAUCUGAGAGAUGUCUGUUUGCAAUCUCGACGACGAAUCAUGGCGUCUUUCAGGAAGCCCAUUUGCCGACGUAUUCGGCUCUUGUCUGUCUUCCUCAGAAGCCAAUGUUCCCAGUAAUUGUGACGCCGCCGGCUCUGGAUAUCUCACGUUCCCAAGUGAUUGCGACAUCCCUUUCACUCCGUCUGAUGUUCCGUCUGAAUUGCGCUAUCCCACAUUAGCUCGCUGCCUCUGGAUCUGAUCGGACCUGAUUUUCACGGAAGAUUGUAUGUUCCGAAGGUAGCCUUUUUGGCACUGGCAUGACUGGCUUACACUUUGGCUCCUGGCAGCUGGCAUUUCAACAUCUGCUGUGUGAGCGCCGGCCGGACGUAAAGCGAAUGAAGAUGAUCAGAUCGUUCUCCAGCUGACUGGAAUCGAGAUAUGCGCAAAGCUUUCCCUGCUGCUGUGCGAUCCCUGCGCGUGUUCGCUGUACCUUGUCAUCAGGCUUGCCGUUAGUUGUCAGCACAAAAUUAUCUCGUCACAGAUUGGACAAACGAAUGUCUCAAACCUCACUCACAUUUGCAAACACUCUCGCAGCAGAGCAGCAUCUGCCUUCAAUUGUGCACCUUUGUAGACAUCACAACUAUGCACUCUGAUUCAAACACGGGCCAAAGUGGUAGCUAGAAUUGCACAAUGCAAUUAUACU